UUUUCCAUUCUCUUCCCCUCCAAACCUCGAAACUGUGAUCACAUCGUCCUCGACUCAUCCUUUCUCUCCUCCUUCAAAGGGGAGUUUCCGGUUUGCAUCCUCUUCCUUUACAAAUUUCCCAAUACCAUGGCCAGUAACGCCCCCCUCCGCGUGGGUUUCGUCCCAGAACAUUUUUCAACCCCGCUUCACUUCGCAACGAAAUAUUUCGGUCUGUCCGCAACAUUGAUCCCGUUUCCCUCUGGUACGGGACACAUGAUUACGUCGCUACGUGCUGGAGAAAUUGAUGUGGGUAUUGGACUUACAGAGGGAUGGGUUGCGGGCUUGGGGAAGACCGAUAUUGAGGGCGACGGAGGGUAUCGGAUUGUGGGCACUUAUGUUGAGACACCUUUGUGCUGGGCGAUCUCCACUGGCGCCAAGCGCCCCAUCUCCUCCGUCGCGGACCUGAAGAAUGGAAAGAUUGGCAUCUCGCGGAUCGGCUCAGGAAGCUACGUGAUGGGCUUCGUAUUUGCCGAUGAACAAGGCUGGCUCUCCCCCUCGGCCCCUCCAUUCGAAUUCAUUCCCCUCCAAACAUUCGAGAAGCUCCGUAACGGGGUCAAUGACGGCACGGUGGAUUUCUUCAUGUGGGAACACUUCACCUCCAAACGCUACUAUGACAAUGGCGAGAUCAAGAGGAUAGGGGAGAUUUACACACCAUGGCCCAGCUGGCAGAUCGUCGCCUCCACGGCGCUCAUCAAAUCUACAGAUACGGAAAAGGAUACUAGGCUAGAAGACCUGUUUGAGAAGCUCGACAAGGGGGUUGCUUAUUUCGACAAGAACCAGGAGGAGGCCGUCACUUAUAUAAGUACGGAGCUGGAUUACAGCAAAGAAGAUGCGACGGAGUGGCUGAAGACUGUGAGGUUCGCGUCUAGGACGAAGGGUGUCAAUGUGAGUGUUGUGGAGAAGACGGUUGAGGUACUGAAGAAGGCGGGGGUGCUUGGGGAACAGGGGAUGCACGCAGAGGAGAUGAUUGGGAAGCAUUCAGGUGCGCAACUCCCCUGA